AACCCUAACCUCUGCUCUUCACCGAACCGUCUUCGUCUCUCUCUCUCAACCUUCUCUCAACGCCGUUGAUUCGCCAUCGUCGCUACUGCUUGUCUUGAGAUUUGCGACUUUUUUGGCUAAUCUCCUCUGUGGAGAGCAAUGACCAAUACUCGUGGGACUGAUAUGGCAAAGAAAAAGGAUAAUCUUGAUUGUGAAUCAGAUUUCAAGACUCAUGAACAUGCUGAAUUUUUCGAUAAGAUAAUAGAGCUCAUCCCUGCAAGAUUCUACGUACCUGAUGAGACAGAAAGGAAAUGGUUUCCAGGUCUUAGCAAGGCUCAAAAAGCUAAAGCGAAGAGAAAAACAAACGAGAACCUAAAGAAGGCGAGGAGAGAUAGGUUGGACCCAGACAAGUCUGCUUUGACGACUCUCGAUCUGCUGAAGCGAAAGAUAGAGGAUGAAAAAAGGAUUUCAUUAAAGCAAAAGCUAAAGAAGGAAAAAGCGGAUUUACGAAGGCAGAGGUAUGAGAUGAAAAAAGCAGGUAUCGAGCUUCCUGAUGAUGACAGUGAGGAGGAAAGAGAUAACAAUGAACAAAAGGAUGAUAAAUCUGUUACGUAUGAGGAGCUGAGGCUACGCCUGCAUCGCAAAAUUGAUGAGCUCAAAGGUGGUCGUGGAGGUUCAGAUAGACCAAGAAGCCAUGAAAAAAGGAAGAAGAUUCUGCCAAAUAAGAGAAAGAGGGACACAGUUUCUGAGGAGAAGACUGUGGAGGAUAAUAAGUCAGCAGAUAAAGGUAAGGGCAAGUUGGAUGUGGAAGAGGCUGCUAAGGACCUUACAUUCGGUUAUGUCAAGAUUGAUGAUGAUGAAGAACACGGAAAAGAGAAAAAGAAACGGAGGCUUUCAAAAGCAAAAGAACUUGAAAGGGCUAUGAAGUUAGAGGCUGCGAAGAAGGAUCCAGAAAAAGGUGAUGUAAUUGCAAAGAAGCACUCUUGGAAGGCAGCUACAAGCAGAGCAGCAGGUAUCAAGGUCCAUGACGACCCGAAGCUAUUGAAGCAAAGCAUCCACAAAGAAAAGAAGAGACACGAGAAGAACGCAGAGAAGUGGAAAGAAAGAGUUGAAGGGCAACAAAAGUUCAAGGUGGAGAAGCAGCAAAAGAGAUCAGGGAAUAUUGCGGAUAGGAUUGAACAGAACAAGAUGCGGAAAAUCGCCAAGAGAGAGAAAAAGCUCCUGCGUCCUGGCUUUGAAGGCCGCAAAGAAGGGUUUAUCAAUGAAGGUGGAAACUAAAAUUCAAAUCUUCCAUACGCCUUUUGUGUUCCAACAGUUAAAAGAUGUGAUCCUCACAAAGGCUGUGAAGAGGGUUUGCACAUCUGAGAUAGAACAACAUCUUUUGUCAUUUUGGGAAUUUUCAUCUAGUCAAGUCCCUAGCAAUAUCUAUUAUCUUUUAGUUCGUUUUGUUUUGCAGUUUGUAGACUUAUCAGAUUUUCCAUUUGCUACUCAAUGUGUUGUUCCUUACAGUAGAUGCUCUUAUCAAGUUUUGAAACUAUCUAAUAGAAUUUGCAGGUUCCAUACAA